AUGUUCUCCUCCAAGAUGCUGGCCACUGUUGGCCUCGUCGCGUCCGCUGCCCUCGCUGCGAGCCGGCCCUCGGGUUACUACGGAGAGGAUCCUCUCCACGGAUCAAGCAGCAUCGAGGCCGCCAGCGCAACUGUCACCCUGACCGCGACCGUUACGGACACCGUCACUGCGUACCUGUCCGUGUGCACCGACGCCUCGUCUUCGCUGACCACCACGAGCGGCACCACGACAACCGUCCUCACCACCACCCAACCGAUCACUGUCACGGCUCACCCGACGGUCACGCCCAUCGCGUCUGUCUCUGAGGAGUCCGAUUCCACCGUCACCGGCACCUCGACCGUGACGGUCACUCCUCUGGUGACCACCACCCUGACCUCCACCCUGAUUACCCUCACCUCCACCAGGACCGGCGUCGAUGGAGCUACUACUGCUGCCACUACUGUCGUACUCUCGACCAUCACGGUGACUGUCCCGAUCACCAAGAGCACCCAAGCCGUCAACGCCACCGGCAUCCCCGCGUCGUUGACCUUGACGUCGACCGUGCCGCAGAUCACCAGUACCACCAGUCUCACCACCUUCCUGAGUGCCAGCAUGAGCCUGAAUGCUACUACCUCCUCGCUCGUCGGCGGCAACAGCACCACUGAGUCCUCAUGCGACUCAACCUCGGUCGACCACUCGAUGACCUCGACGACCGUCACCAGCCCCCGCCUGACGUUCACGAGCACCUUCACGCAGUCUCGGCCCGCCACCAGCACCGGCAAGACCACCACCGCCGUCUCAGGUGUCAACGGCACGGCCUCGACCUCAGCCGGCGUCAACGGCACGGCCUCGGCCGGGUCUCCCUACGCCACCGUCAGCGGCUCCGAGACCCUCAAGCAAGCUAUGGACCUGCGAUUCCUUGUCAGCGCUCUGGCUCUGGCCCCCCUGGUCCUGGCUUUCGUCAUCUAA